AUGCCUCCAUACCGUCACGUGCGUCUACAAAGCAGCAUUCAACCCCCAGCCCCCCAGAUCAUGUCGGCCACUGCGGCCAUCACGACCAUCACGGCCGCCGCGGUUACCGUGGCCACCACGACCACCGCGAGGAUCGUGACCCUCACGGACGCCGUGAUCAUCGUAGCCAUCGUAAGCAUGGAGACUGGCAAAACUACGAGGGGGCUCGUACCCCAAGGCCAAAUUCCGAGGUCUCCACAGGACCCGCGGCAUGAUGUCUUCGAAAUCCUCGACGUUGUGCUGCGCGCACCGCGUCGGGUCCGGGGCGCGGGGGUCGGACCUCUCGGGGCAGCCCGACCGUCGACACCUCGCGUGGUUCCGACAGAAGUCCGAGUUCUCGACGGACGCGUCGUGGCAGCCCGGCCGUCGGCAUCUCGCAUGGGCCCGGCAGAAGUCCGAGUUGUCGAUGGGCCCAUCGAGGCACCCCAGCCGCCGACACCUCGCGUGGGCCCGACAGAAACCCGAAGAGCUGUCGACGAGCCCCUCGGCGCAGCCCGGCCGUCCGCACUUGGCGUGGGAACGGCAGAAUCCCCCGGCGUUCUCGGCGGAUCUCUCGCUGCAACCCUCCUCGCCGCAGGCGUGGGCCCGGCAAUACGGCGAGAGCGGCAGGUGGACGCCGAGCAUCAGCAUCGUCUGCGAGAGGGCCAUGCGCACGCGCAGCUGCGGGCAGCCCGCGACGGCGCACUUGUGGUCCGCGCAGUGCUCGCUGAACUGGUGGCGCUCGUUGUUGCAGGCGCGGUGCGAGCAGAUGUGGUCCACGCAGAGCGAGGUUCCAUCGACGACGGGGGCGUCACAGUCGGGCCGGCGGCAUCGGCUCUGCAGCAGAUCGAGGUGGGAAAGGAGGAGAUACCGGGCCGAAAGGAGAUGAGCCGCCGAGAGACAAACAAGAGUGUAUUCGGACUGAUUCCAAAAGGGGGGGAGGGGGGCGGAAGAAGGGGCACACUUACGCUCCUCGCACAUCUCCUUGACAUUCUCCCCGUCCACCACCCGGAACCGAUCGCACCCAGGCGACGCGCAGGCGCGGUGCCUGGCGCAGUAGUGCUCAAACUCGCCCUUCAGCUCGCAGCCGAGCCUCGCACACUGGUGCCGGGGACAGAAGUCGCCCAGCCAGUUCCGGUUCCAGCAGUCGCGCACGUCGCACUCGUGGUUCUUGCAGUACCGCGACCGCUCGGUGCGGUUGGUGCGGGACCGUAUGCAGCCGGCCUCCUCGCACACGUGUGCGGCGCAGACGUCCUCGGUACCGGGCGCCUUCUCGGCGUCGCAGCCGCCCUCGAAGCGGCAGAAGUGCACGCCGCAGUGGCGCGAGGGCACCCCCUGCUCGUCGAGGUGGGCGAAGCGCCGGCAGCCGGCCGUCGCGCACAUGCUGUGGCGGUCACAGUACCGGGACGGGUCGUUGGGGUCGCCCGAGGCGCCGGGGCAGCGGGCGAGGCAGGCCGGUGA